CCGGACUUCGAAUGUUUGCCUAAUCGUCGAUCCACGGACAUCAACAACUUUUUGAUUAAUUAAUUGUUUUGAGUACCAAGUUUUCACUGAAUUUCGGGAGCUCCAAUCGUUCGAAAUGGACCUGAAACGCUGACAGUGCUCAACAGAUUCACCCAAAACGUCUGAAAUAAUUCUGAUUUUUUUUCCGUCUGCGAGAAUUUUUUGAAAUUUUUGGUUUGGUUGCUGAGAUGGACAGGACUGCGAUUGAAAAGUUCAUUGAAAUUACAGGGGAAGGUGAAGCCAGUGCUAUCCAAUACCUGACCCUAGCGGAGGGUAACGUUGAGAAUGCAAUCAGCCUGUUAUUCGAGAGUGGAGGGGCACCCCUCGAUGCAGUUCUUCCCCCAGAGGAGCCUGAAGUACGCCCGCCGAUCUUGCCCACGAGGGAAGUUCUAGUCCCCACCGAGGCAGUUUGCUCGUUCCCCAGAGCCUCCUCCAACGUCUUCGACAGAUUUCGCGACUUCUCAGUUGAGAUUCGCAGACAGGAGGAGGAGAUGACGAGGAAAGUCACUGGGAACAAUCGAGCUGUGCACAGCAAAACCAAGAGACUUGAGGAUUUGUUCAGACCACCUUAUGAGAUACUCUUCAUGGGGUCUUUCGUUGAGGCGAGGGAGCAGGCGAAGACGAUAAAUCGUUGGCUGCUGGUUAAUGUCCAAAAUCCACAGGAGUUCUCGUGCCAGAUAUUAAAUAGGGACGUCUGGCCGGAUAAUCAGAUCAAGGAGAUUAUCAAGGAUCAUUUCAUCCUGUGGCAGGUACUAUCCAAUUCAUCUGACGGAAAACGUUACAUAGACUUCUACAACGUAACAGAGUACCCAUACCUGGCGAUAGUGGACCCCAGAACAGGUGAAUGCCUGAAAUCCUACACCAGCAUCACAGUCGAUGGUCUCCUCACAAGUCUAAACGACAUGCUGAGUACUUACCCUUCCCCAGAAUGCAGCUCCAACUCCCCCAAAGUCGAGGAGUCCCAUUGCGAGCCUUCCUCAUCAAUUAAACGUAGUUCAAGAGCCGAUUCGAUGAGCAAAGACUCUGGGAGGAGAAUUAAAAAAUCAAAGAAUGCUGAUAUUCCAACAUCGAGUGCAGCUUCGAGCAGUAGAACGGGCUUAGCCACUAGUUCAAGCACAGCAAUUCGGGGUAAACGAUCGAGAAUAGAAAUUGCCGAAGAAAUACCUGAGAUGAGUCACAGUGAUGAAGCUGUUGUUGUGGAAGAAAGUUCAACAAGUAAAAAUGUUCCAGAAUCUUCAACAAAACCAGUGGAAGUCGCUGUAGAAAAUGGAGAACCUUCUCUCAGACUGUGUCUCCGACUGCCCUCCGGAGGCAAGGAGGCAGUUUCCAUGUGUGCCAACGACACAAUAGAGGGCUUCAUAAAACGAAUGGAGGAGAUGGGCUACUCUCCAUCAGACCACACCUACCUAAUUCCCUUCCCCAAGACCAACGUGGGUGCUCUGCCAUCGCAAACUCUGCUGUCUGACACCAUUCUCUACCCCUCGAACACAGUAUUCAUCACUAAAGUUUAAAGCAGUAGAUGUGAGUUUUUUUAAUGAAGAAGGUGUUUGCAGCAGAGGUCGUGAAGUACUUUUCGAAUUGAAAUGACAAAAGCUGGGACACUGCCAUUUAUUAUGAAAAUUUUUUGCUCACAAUGCAGACUCGUCCUGCUGGGUAAAUGGUAGAAAAUUGAAGAAUUAUGCGAAUCUCUCUUUUCGAUACUGCCACAUUUAAUUAUUACUAUUCCAUAUCUCGCCUCAGUCAACUGAUGUCUCGGUUCUUCCUUACACUUCAGUGGUGAAGUGAUAAAACAGGAUGAGGCAACUUCAGGAUAAGUUGAUAAAACAUGUGAUCCUCACGUGAAAUCGUCUCAUUCUGUUGCAUUACUUUCAGGGUAGCAGGAACAAGAAUCAGUCUUCCUCCGUUACUCCUUUAUUUUCAUAGAAAAUAUUUUAUUCAACUCAUCCAUAUUUCCAACAUUAAAGAAGAAAUUCAACAUUACGAGGAAAUUUGUUUAAUAUAUCGUCAUUUUUACUAACAUUCCCUGAUGUUUCUCAGUGAAUUCAAUGAAAAUGUUCAAAUAAAAAAGAUGAAGAAAACGA